AGUUGAGCAUCCAAGAAAAGUUUAUUUCAUUCGACUCAUAAUAGUUGGUUUUGUUCAUCAUGUCGAGCAGGAGGUCUCAGCCGAUGCCGAGUAGGAGCAUCACCGACCAACAAUUUGAUGAUCUCGUGUCGAAAUUGCAGUCUGUCCUACCUGAAGCGCGUCUCCGAAGGAAUGGCAAGGUUUUGACCGCGAAGGCAUUGCAAGAGACAUGCUACUACAUAAGAAGCUUACACCGCGAGGUCGACGACUUGAGUGAGAGGCUAUCGGAGUUGCUCAUGACAACCGAUAUAAGUGCGGCCCAAGCCACCAUUAUUAGGAGCCUAAUUAUGUGAAUGGUUUGCCUAAUUACAAGUUGGAAGUGGAAUUAAAUAAGUAACUUUAGUUUUCUCGCUACAUUUAUGAUAAUGUACUAUCAGAGUGUAGUUCAAAGAAAAAAUUGCUAGCCCUCUCUCGGGCACAAUGCAGCGGUAGGAGGCACGGUGGCUAAUUCAUGCAAUGAGUGUUCGAUACUUUCUUAGGACAUAUCAAAUUCCUGCGGUACUCAAAUAUAUAUAUGUUAUAUUAAUGGCC